AUGUCUCUCAUUUCGGUAUGUAAACUCACUGUUCGGCAUAUUAAUCGAGUUGAUACUUUCGACUUCUCAUUUCUUCCUCUCGCAUCUUAUCUUAUAUUUCUCAAGAUGAAGCUUUUCACUGUUCUUGGUCUUUGCGCAGUCUUCAACGGUGUAUCAGCAUUUGAACACCGGUCCCGCCGAAACAAUGUCGGUGGGUUUACUGCCCAUUGCAACUCCCACGAGAUAAUUCCAGAUCACGGAAAGGUCUGGCUUAAGUCAGUCUGCGACGGCUCAAAACAACUAGGAAACUUGCCCUUUCAUCCUAGAAUUGACCUAGACCUCUGCAUUAGGAACAACAAAAGCAUUCUAGAGGCCUCUCCUAAUGGAAUGUUUAGCGAGUCCUGCGAUCAAGUCCAUUUCCCUGACCAAGACUGUACGGAAAUUAGCGCGAUGUGUUUAACGGGGGUUGGGGUCGAAUACUUUUCCUCUACAAUCGAUCUAGAUGAUAUUAUUAGCAGUGAAGAUGGCAAACUCUGUUGUUACGGGAAGUGCCACUCCCUUUAAUGAACCUGCAAACUCAAGAUCACGAUAGAAAAAUAGGGUCAACAGCCUACAAUAGAUGUAGCGCAUGAGUGUAUUUCAGAUUAUUCUAGAGCGUUGAGGCUAGAUAGGACAUAUAGCAUAGAAAUUCACGUACUUCAGGU